AUGGAGGAAGAAAGACUGGCUGACAAGGUCAAUACGCAAAUCAAGCAAGAUAAAGAGAGGCACUCUGGCGAGAAGGGCCACAAGUCAAAGAAGAAGGGCGAGAAGCCUCCCAAGGUUAGUCCAGAGCAUAUUGCGGAGGUGAGGGCGCAGCGAGAAGCAGCCAAGAAAAAGAAGAGGGAGGACAUGAUAGCGCGCGGACUUGAUCCAGACUUCCCGCCUGACCUGCAAUUUAUACAUAGACCUAUGCUUUCUCUCAACCCGAGUGAAAACGCAAACGGGUUUGUUUUCAAGCUCAUGACUUACAACUGUUUGGCGCAGGCCCUGAUCCGCAGAAAACUGUUUCCCACUAGCGGUAAUGCGUUGAAAUGGUUCAAGCGCUCGAGAGUUCUGCUUAACGAGUUCAUGCACUACAACUCUGAUGUGCUAUGUCUGCAGGAGGUUGAUUACAUUCAGUAUCAAUCAUUCUGGAAGGAAGAAUUCGAGAAGCUAGGGUAUGAAUCUCAGUUUCACCGUCAUGGCACCAAAAACCAUGGCAUAGCCAUUGUUUGGAAACGUGACAUGUUCACAAUGGUUGACAAGAUGUUAAUAGAUUAUGACAAAGAACCUUCAGGUGCUCUUGAGCCUAGGACUACAACGAAGAACGUUGGGCUGGCUAUUGCGCUGGGCUUCACAAAAAAGGUCUUGGCAAAGUACCCAGGUUCAUCAAAACGUGGAAUAAUUGUGGGAACCACUCAUCUUUUCUGGCAUCCGUUUGGAACUUUUGAAAGAACUAGACAGUGCUAUGUCAUGCUGAACAAAAUGAAAGAGUUCAUGCAUCGCAUCAACGUCCUACAAGACAAGGGAGCGACUCAGGAGAACUUGUGGUAUCCCUUUUUCUGUGGCGAUUUCAAUUCCCAACCAUUCGAUACACCUUAUCUAUCAGUUUCUUCAAAGCCAGUUACCUACAAAGGCAGAGCUAAGACAGUCAUUGAAUGCAGCACUUCAUAUACAUUCUCCAAAGCUCGCGACGGAGAAGAGUGUGAUGAUGAAGAAGGUGGGAAUAUUGAGAAAUUUGGAGACGGUCAACCAGAACAUCCCGUUCCUGAAAAGUUCUCUGCAACUGAAGAGCAAAAAGGCCUGGUGGAGAGCAUGGCCUCCCUCCAUAACUCAUUAGACAUGAGGGGUAUUUCUAUCUAUUCGGUUGGGUACAAGCAUGUCCACGCCGAGAACGCAGGCUUGGACAAUAACUUUAAUGAGCCAGAAAUAUCUAAUUGGGCUGAAACUUGGAGGGGUUUGUUGGAUUACAUCUUUUUUAUCAAGAAGUGGGAUUUCUCGGAUAAGGCGAGCCCCGAAGAGCUUGAAGCUUUCCAAGAUGAGAACGGUAUCAAAAUUCGAGGUCUCUUGAGGAUGCCGCCAGCUAAAGAAAUGCCUAACCAUGGGCAACCUCAUGAGGGUGAAUAUGGAAGUGACCACCUCUCGAUGAUGUGCGAGUUAGAACUAAAAAUAUGA